GGAGGAUCUUUGUGAGAGCUCAAGCUGAACCCAUCGAUCAGCGCAAAGAGCCGGGCGUCAGGCAGCGCGGGGAGGAUCAGCUGGAUGCGAGAGACUGCCCUAUCGACAGUCGAGUCGAGCUUCGCACUCUCAGCACUCGCACAAGGCCGCCGACUCGAUGGACGCACGCUCACCGACACACGCACCGUCUCGCUCUCUUUUGGAGCAGAGCUCGGCUCGGUGACAUGUUCGAUGGGCAAGACAAGAGUGAUGGCGCAAGUCUCUGCGGAAGUGGUCAGACCGCCGCCAGAAAGACCUUACGAAGGCUUUCUCGUCAUCUCGACAGAGGUCACGCCACUCGCUUCGGCCGCAUACGAGAUGAACAGACAGACAGAGGAGGAGAUACUGGUUGCGCGAACGCUUGAGAAAGCCAUACGGCGGACAGAGGCAGUCGACCGCGAGUCUCUCUGCAUAGUGGCAGGCGACAAGGUCUGGUCGAUACGCGUCGAUGUCCACUUCCUGAACGAUGAUGGCAAUCUGGCCGACUGCGCUUGUCUGGCCGCAAUGGCUGCGUUGCUGCACUUCAGAAGGCCCGAUGUGACGGUCGAGAAUGGUGCUGAUGUGACGAUCCAUUCGCUCGAGGAGCGCGUACCCGUACCGCUAGCGAUCCAUCACACACCAUUAUGCGUCACCUUUGCGUUCUUCGAAAACCAAGCCAGUCCCUCAGACUCGAUCGUCGCUAUCGAUCCCACUGGGUUAGAGACGCAGAUCAGUUCAGGAGAGAUCACGUACACACUCAAUGCCCAGUCGGAGAUCUGCGUACUGUCCAAAGCGGGCGGCACACCCCUUGCUGGUCGCGAGAUCAUGCGCAUGAUGGGUCUCGCGCUCGUCAAAGUCAAAGAGCUCGACGAGCUUAUAGAUGCUGCUCUGCUCAGGGACAGCAGGACGAGAGUCGUCUCUAUCAUAUGAACCCAGGUUUUGUACGAUGUUGUAUGAUGCAACCGCAGAAAAGCCAGCUGGCCAGCACGUCGACUGAC